AUGAUCGCCCUUUCAUUGCCGAUCGUUGCGUGGGUCAUGUCGACUCUGCAAUUAGGAGUAUUCGCAGUGCCGACAUGGCCUUCUUCAGUUGACGAGUUGGAGGAUAUCAUGCUCCUAAAUUCGGGCUACCGAUCUCGUGGAUUCUCAGCCGCUGUUACCCCUUGUUCUUUUUCUGCCCAGGGAGCUGGACGAGUUGCUGCAGCUGAGUGGAUCCGAACCGCGUUUCACGACAUGGCGACCGGAAAUGCGGUCCAAGGCAUCGGAGGCCUUGAUGCGUCCCUCGUUUUUGAGACCAAUGGAGGGGAGAACAUUGGCCCCGCCUUCAAUACGACACUUACAACAUAUGCGCCAUUCUUUUCAAGCCGAUCAUCAAUGUCAGACAUUAUCGCCAUGGGGAUGUACACCGCCGUGCGAUCCUGCGGUGGACCUGUGGUAGCUAUCAGGACUGGGAGAAUUGAUGCCACCAAAGGCGGCGAUUCCGGGGUACCUCUGCCACAGAACGGGAUAACCAUAUUCCAGAAUCAGUUCCUCAGGAUGGGAUUCAACACAACCGAGAUGAUCGCUGUCGUUGCUUGUGGACAUACUAUGGGGGGAGUUCAUUCCAGCAACUUCCCGGAAAUUGUCCCGGUAGCAUCUGCUGCAAAUUCGAACGGUGUCAAAGACUUCGACACUACACAACUCUUCGACAACAAGGUUGCGACUGAGUACGUCUCUGGAACCACUCUGAACCCUCUUGUGGUCGGCCCUUCGAUUGCCAAAGGGGAAAACUCCGAUGGGAGAGUCUUUGCAGCUGACGGGAAUGUCACUAUCAAAGCAUUGACGAAUCUCGCGACUUUCACCAGUGUCUGCUCGACCAUGCUCCAAAAGAUGAUUGAAGUCGUUCCAAAAGGGACUGUUCUCACUGAUCCGAUUGUACCAUAUGAAGUCAAACCAUAUGCUCUUCAAUUGACCUUACUUGCAGGGGGAGCGAAUAUCUCUUUUACUGGCGACAUCCGAAUUCGAACAACCAUUCGCGCAGCAAGUCAGGUCGCUAGUGUUCAGAUUGUGUAUAAAGACCGCGAUGGAAAUUCUGCGAGUGACAAUAUCGAUACGACCUACAAAGGAACUGCGAACGGAUUCGACGAUAGCUUUACUUUCUAUGGAUUCUCCGCCAAUCUUGCCGCUAGUUCGUCAAUCUCAUCAUUCAAUGUACUUGUGACCCUCAUCGACGGGUCUACGGAGCUACAUGACAAUAAUGGCGCCGGGUUUCCCAUUCAAGACACUAUCAUGUUGCAGUCUCCACAAAGCUGUUUGAGUUCGACUAACGAUACCAAUGGGCAGCGUAGUCUAACAGUCAUCGCUGCUGUCAGGAAUACCGGGUUAUUUUCCGUACAACUCCAACUCACAUUGAAGAUUCCGAGAACCGAUGGAAUCAUCGUUCCUACUCUGUCUACAGUCUCCGCGGCUAUGGCUUCGCAGACUGCGAUUGGCUCGUACAACCUCUACGCGGCAACCUAUUCGCUAGAUCCCUCUCAGACGCAGACCACCUCUUUUGGUGUGUCCGCGGGAAGUUCUACCGAUAACUACAAGAACGUUACUCUGCUGCCAAGCACAUGCGCAGCUUUAAGCCCCACUGCUCCAUCUUCAACACCUUCUUCAUCGGCAUUUGCAUUCCAAGGCUGCUACACGGACUCUUCUGCUUCAAGGGCGUAUUCGGCCGCCGUCUUUUAUGACAACAACUUGACAGUGGAGAAGUGUGCGUUAGAUUGUAGCAAAUUCCAGUAUUUCGGAGUUGAAUUUGGGGGCGAGUGUUAUUGCGGCAACUCUCGAGACCCUUCAAGCACCCGUGCUGGAAUUUCCGAGUGCAACGUGGCUUGCUCUGGCAAUACCGAUGAGUACUGUGGUGGGGCCAGCCGUAUCAGCGCAUACAAGAAUCUGAAUUACGCCCCAGUCACAAACCCAACUAUCGCGGGCUACACUUACCAAGGCUGCUUCAGCGAAGCACAAGGAGGGCGAGCUCUUGCUGAUUCCUCUACUGCGACUGAUGGUCUCACGGUGGAGAGCUGUGCUUCAUUCUGCGGCGGAUCGACCUACUUUGGUGUUGAAUACGGCCGCGAAUGCUACUGUGGCGCCAGUCUUGCUACGACUAGCACGAAUCAAUCCGCAUCUGACUGUUCGAUGACCUGCGCUGGAAAUAGUCUGGAGUACUGCGGAGCUGGAAACCGGCUCAAUAUCUAC